GAUUACCAUAAAUUCUCUAUUUGCAACUUUAAAUUAAUAAUUCCAUUAUCUGUUGUACUUUUGUCUAGUGAUCUGUCAUUUUAAAGAUCUAGUUUCUAGAGAGUAUAGCAACUGCACCUUUCAAGCUGACGCACCUGAUGACUAACUAUGCUGCCUCAGUACGGCACUACAUGAAUAAACACUAACUUUUCUUUUUAAUUAUUUAAAAUCAACCCUAAUUUUACGAAAUUAACUCCCAGAAAAAGGAAAUGUGUCCUUCCUUAUGAGUAGAGAAUAAAAUUUAAUCAUACAUUAAUAAAAAUCACUAAUGUAAUAAAAACUACGAUAUAUAAACGUAGUUAUUGAAACGAGUUAUAUACUACUUCCUGCGUUUCUUUUUGUUAUUUACGUUUGACCUUUUACACGUUUAUUAAUGACUGUUCCGGUGUUGAAGUGGAUAGAACAAUGGGAUUCGAAUGAAGGCUCUUUUGAGUGUGUUGAAGAUCUUGCUAGCUUGAAUGAGUAAUGUCCGAAUUCACCUGCACAAAGACAAAGUUACUAGCCUCGGGGGCGUUUCCGAGGAAAGCCCCUCCGAUGCCUAAGUAAGAACGAUGUUCGGAUUCUAGAGAGAGAAGUUCUCUAGAGAGUAGUCUUAAGGCGAUAAAUUGGACGUACCUUGAGGUGUGAGCCUUGGCGGCUUAUUUAUAGUGUUUGCAUAAUAAAUGCCCAUAGGUCAUUUAUUGCUAUUUGGGCCAUGGGCCUUGAUGGAUGGCUGAAUAGCCCUUUGGAGUGUAGUGGGUUUGAUGUUGUUGUAUUGAGCCAUUGGGCUUUGGACUUAGUGGCCCAAUUGGUAUUCAAUUGGGAGCCCAAACAACAUGCCCCCCAGACCCGGCCCAUUUAGAAUUAAAUGGGUGGGUUUCCAGCUGUAAGAAGUCCAAAAGUUCCCUCUCUUUUUUGAAAAAGAGGUGAUUUGCAAUGAUGACAAGUGUUGGGACUUGUUUUGAGUUAGUGGAGAUCGUGGGUUUGAGGAAGUUGAUGCGCCCUCUCUUUUCUUCUAUAAAUACUAGACGCGACUUCCCUCCAAACUUUACUUUCUCUUUCUUUCACAUAGGUUUUCUCCUUUUACGGCGAUCGCAGCCUUCGAAUUUCUUCAGAUCUACGGUCUUCGAUUAUCUUUUGUCUUCGGGAACUAGCUUCAAUUGCUUUGCCGGCGAAUUCCGCCUCGGAAGAAGGUAAUUUGUUUGUGAAUUUCGUUCUUUUUCUUGCUCUUUCUUCUACCCUCCCAUUUGAACCCUAGACUUAGGUCUUUUUUUACCAUGGCUAAGAACAAGGGCAAGGGUAAGUUCGUUGGUGGUUCUUCUAGCGAGAGGGAAGAUAUCCCCUCAGGAAGGGUGCAGAAUCCUUCGAAGGGUUGGCCUUCAGAUAAGGAGCCGAAGAAGGCUUCGACUGGUUGGGAUGCUUCCAAGGGUGGAUCUGUUGGGGGGUUCAGUGGGUCUGAACGUGCUGCUUCUGGUAAGAAGGCCAGUGUUUCAGGAGAUCGUCAUCGUCGGUCUUAUCCUGAGUUUCCGGUUCACUGGUCUGAGGCAGAUCCGAAGAGAAAGCUUGCGCCGAUCUUACAUGAGACUACCAAGAUUGACGGUCCGCUGGAGAAGUCAGUGAGUGGUGACUGGUUGGUGGAGGCGAAUCUAGGAGCCUACCAUCAGAAAGCCAAGGAGCUAUAUGGGAUCCAGCAUGCUUUGGGGUAUUGGUGUGAACUUCCCGAACAGGAGCGUCCUCGCGUGACUCAUCCACCGAAAGGUUUCAUUUCUGUGUAAACCCAUCAUUUGGAGAAUGGUCUUCUCUUCCCUCUAGAUCCAUUCAUUUCCGGGCUCCUGGUGUCGUACAACAUCAGUUUGGCUCAACUCACUCCCAAGUCUAUGAGGCAUAUCAUCGGAUUUCGGUGGGUGUGUGAUUUUGUCAACUUCCCCUGUUCCGUGGCUAUUUUUAAGGACCUCCACGACCUGUCCUUCAACCAUGCUUCCAAGGGUGAUGGGUAUGGUUGGUGGACUAUUGUUAAUAAGAAGUCUCAGAGGAAAGACGAACCUAACUAUAUCACGGCUUACCCUUACCUCAGCUCCGAUCACAAUUGAAAAACGGAGUGGUUGCUUGUUCGUGUCCCGACGGAUCCGAAGCACCCUAACUUCUACCGUCCGCCAAAAUGAUUGGUGAAGCCUGAUCCUGACAUGUCGGGGGUGGGCUCUCCGGAUCGGAAUCACCAGCACUACGUGGACCUUCUUCAGUGGUUUCUGGCUCGGGAAGAUAAUUACAAGCUACCGGCUAGCUGGCUUCCGAACCUUAACUACAUACUUCGGGAAGACAUUCUUGCUGUCGCCGGUCUCAGCAUGAUAUUUGACAGGGAGUACGGCUUUGAGCGUAUCGAUCCGGUGGUUCUAGGCAUUUCCUUAGAUUUGCGGACCAUUCACGAUUCGGCUCCCGAGUACAAGUUUGGGAAAGAGAAUCCCCCUAAUCCUCGUCUGAAGGAUUACGUACUGUCCCCUGCGGGUGCUGCUCGGAUCACCGAGGCUCGAGCUGAUCCCUUUGACUCCGUUUCGUCCCCCGAGGCUGUUCCGGUGAAGGUUGUUCUUCGUCCUCUUGAGACAACUUCGAAUCCGGUAUGAACUCUUACUCUUUCUGUUUUUUGCUCGUGCUUUGGCUGGCCGUCGGCUAACGUCUCGGUCCUGAACCUUGUUUUUAGGGUCCUGGGACUGACGCUGCGCCGCGUGCCGCCCCUUCGGUUUCGUCCCCUGCUCGGAUAGAUACCUCUUUAUUUAGGAUCCGGGUACUUUACUUCGUUUUUACUCCUUCACCUUUGCUCUCCUUCGGGUGCUGAUGCUGUUCUUCUUUGCUUUUGCAGGAGCAGAAGAAGAGAAAAGGUAGCACGUUGCUGAAGUCUUCGGUGCUCCUGAAGAAACAGAAGGCUUCUCAGGCUUUGGAGAAGGAAACAGCUUCUAGGGACAUGCCUCCCCCGAAGAGUCUUAUGUACUUCGUGCCUCUACCAGGGCAGAAACUGAAAAGUGUGGUGGUUUCAGAGCCUCCGCCCGUGGAUCAACCUUUUGUGGAGGAAACUGUUGUUCUUUCUCCGUUGAAGCUGUCUACGCCCUUGGGGGUGUCGGUUCAAGACGUCACCGAGGAGAUGGAGGCGUUUGAGACUGACCCCAUUGUUCCCGAGGGGGGAAAGACUGCUGAGGAGGUCCCUCUGGAGGAACCGAAGGAUCCUCGUAAGACGAUGGUGGACCUUACGGGCUCUGAUGCGGCCAUGCCUAGUUCUUCGGUGGCUGAGAAGGUUGAUCCUCUUUCCACAUGUUUCGCGGAGGAUGGAUCCGAGCAGGGUAAGGGAACAAAGAGGCCUCGUGAGACGUUGGGCUCUACCUCUACUUCGGCCUUGGACAGGCUGAUCCAUGCUGAUCCGUGCUCCGACGUUCCUUUGAAGAGGAUCCCUGAGGAGGUUCGUCAAGCAAUGGCUCAGUAUGCUAGGCCUACGGUCCUGGGGGAGGAUCCUUUAGCUCAUGUGGGCUCGUUGGUGGGUCCCGAAGCCACUAGGGAGAACCUGCUUUGGGCCAAUCCGCAGUGGAGGGUUCCUGGGGCCGAGGAGAGGAAUCCAGCUAUGAUGGCCCAAUAUUACCUAAAUGAGGCUGUUUUCUGGUCCUCGUUCGCCUCCGAGUGUAGCUCGGUUGAGGAGAGGAAACUGAAGAGAUAUCAGGAGGCUUAUGCUCGUGAUAUUCCUAUUUUGGACCAGAAGGUUGGGCAGCUACUCUCUGAGCUUGUGGAAGUCAAGCAACUGUACCUCAAGAAUAGUCGCGAGGCUCGAGCUAUUGCGGAUGAGAUCGGGGCCGAAGUUGGCAAGCUCACCUUCCAAGUUGAAGGGGAUGCUGAGAAGAUUGCUCUCCUUGAGAAGGAGAAGGAAGAUAUGUCCACCAAGUUCGCGGGCGAACUGGAAGAAAAGGAUAGACUUCUCAAGGAGAUGAAACCUAAAUUUGAGGCGGCGGAUAAGGAGAGCAAGGAGGCGGAGGCGAGGCUCCAACAAUUUGUCAAGAAUCGGGAGCUGGUCCAGAAUGAGGCUAACAAAGUUCCUACUCUUAGGCUUCAACUUCGGGAGAAGGAUGACCUUAUCGGAAGCUGGAGUAGAAGAGGGCUGGACUCUAUACUGCUGACCAGUGUAGGGAACAGUACUGGAAUGAGAUCUUAGGUGCUCGACGGAUGUUUACGAAGCACAUGCCUCAUUUUCCUUGGAACGAGAAGAUUCCGAUCUGGAUGAGGGCUAAGGAUCAUCUGGAAGAGUGCCAGGCCGAUCGCGACGAAGCCGAGGCUGAGCGUCAAAGGGCUCUUGAGGAGGAUCGAGCUCGCAAGGCGGACUCCGAAGGUGAUACCACUGUUGGAGGUUCUUCGAAAGCUGCUCCUCAGGGGACUAAUCCCGAAGUUCCCAAGAGUUAGGGAUUCAGGCAGUCGUCUUCUUCAAAGUCGGUCGGUUCCAGUUGAGGACCUCCGAACAUGUGCUAGACUUUCCCCCUUUUGCCUCGGCGCUGCGUUGUACUUUUAAUAAUUUCUUUUUUCUUUCCUUGUACUUCGGUAGGCCGAAUUAUCUGUUGAUGGCUGCCGAUUUUAGCUUUUAGGUCAUUUUGCCUUCAAUUUUUGAGGGUUCCUCGGGUUGUUCCGAGUUUUAGUUGGUGUA